AUUUAAGCAAAUGAUGAACGAUCAAGUAUAGCAUUUCCAUAUUCUUAGCCUCCCUUCAUAUCAUUAGAAAGUUAUGACGAUAUCAACUAGAUUCGAAAGAAAUUUCCCUCUUUAGCAAAAAUCAACCUUAAUCACGAAUUUAACAAUUUAGAGGAAUGCAAAUUCUUUAUUAUAAGAACAUAAGGAGAAGACAAUGUCCAUAGAGCUAUGAAGUACGGCAUUUGGACGAGGUAAAUGAUUAAUAAAAUAAUAGCUCAUCUCGUAAAAACGAACGAUUACAUGAAGCAUUCACAAAUAAGAAAUAAGAAGUUUAUCUGUUCUUUACAGAAAUUAAUAGUAUGUGUUUUAGCGGAAUGGCUAAGCUAACUUCUGCAUUCAAUCCUAAAUUCCACUUUAAGUUUUGGUUAAUUGAAAAUAAAUGGUUUGGCACAUUUUCAAUAGAAUGGGUAUGAGCAUCAUUUAUCAUUUAGUUGUAUAUUAAGGAUCUUUCAUUUAAGCUAUUCGAAAAUAUCAAGCAAAUCCAAAAGUUAGAAGGUAGUGAAGAAACCUUGAAAUCAGUUUAUGAUUUGAUAGAUUGCACAGAAUUAUCAAAUGAAAAUGGCAUCAAAAUGACAAAAAUAUUUCAAAAUGAAGUCUCCAAUAAAAGUUUAUUUGAAGAAUUUCCUCAACUAGAUAAAUUGGAAGUAAUGUUAUCUUAUAAUUCAACAGUUUGAAAAUAGAGAGGAAAGAACAAACAAUCAAAGAUUUGAAAAGAAGUUCAAGGAACUCUCCUCUGUCUUUGAAACUAUCCCAUUCUCUUUCUCAGUUGCAUCCUAUGAGAGGAAAAAAAACAAUCGAAAAUCUUAAGGGGGAUACUAUUAACCUCCUUAUGGCUAAUAAUAUUAUUAUUAAUAACCUUACUAACCUUAUUAUUAUUAAUAAUAAUAAGUUGGUAUAUAAAAUUUAAUUAUUUUAGGGUAUCAAUUUCAAUAGACUCCUCAAUAUUGGUAACAAAACAAUGGAUUUUAUUAAAAUCAAUAUUAUCAGUAAUAAAACAACAACAAACAACAAUAUGGCAAACAACAAAAUUACGACAAACCUGCUAGACAAAAUUAGUAACAAUAAUACUCUCAAAAUUAAGGAAUUGAACAAUAGCAAAAUCCCGAUUCUAAUGGUGAGGUCUAAAACUUUUCAUUAGACUAAAGAUUCUAAAUAAAUAAUUAGUAAUUAUAAAAAAGAACAAAGGUUGAAAAAAACAAAAAAUAUCCCAAUAAGAAUGAAGUAGAAUAUGUUGAGAAAAGCUAAGCAUAAAAUUCUGUUUAAAAGGAUUGAUCAAUUUAUAUUAUUGU